AUGAAUAAUCAACAAGGACCCUUCUCUACCCCUGCAUUUAUCAUAAAACUGUAUGAUAUGCUAGACGAACAAGUAUUUUUAUUUGACGAUCUCAUAUAGAGCACGCCGUAAUUUUAAACAAUAAUUAAAUGGAGUGACGAUGGUGAGUACUUCAUUGUAAUGAACCCCAAAGAAAUGGAAAGCCAGAUAUUGCCAUAAUAUUUCAAACACAAUCACUAUUAAUCCUUUUUACGACAAUUAAACAUGUAUGAGUUCCAGAAGGCAAGGAAUUCUGAAAAUUAUGAAAUAUUUACUCAUCCAAGUUUCAAAAAAGGAAACAAAAAACAAUUAUCUCAAAUUAAACGAAACCCAAUCAAAUAGAAAGUUUUAUUAAAAAAAGAAAAGAAAAGUGUAAAAGCAGAAUCAACUGAGGCUGAAUUCGAGUAAUAAAUGGAACAAGAGUUAACAUUCUUGAAAUAAAGAUAGCUAUAAUUUGAAAAUGAUUUCAAAGCGAUAAGUGAAUAAAACUAAAUUAUAAUGGAACAACACAAUUCUAUAUGGACCUAAUUAAGUUUAUCUAGACAAUCGUUAGAUACGAAAAUCGAUAGGCUUAGCUAUUUGUUAAGUUUCUUUUUGAAACAACAAGAUACAAACAUUAAAGAUAAUAAUGGAUAAGAUUUAUUUAAAGCCAAUGUCAAGACAGAACUCGAGCCUCCAUAGUCGCAAACUUAAUAAAUGGAAUCAUUAUCCCCAAUUCUAAGAAUGAUGUAAUCAUAACUAAAUUAUUCACUGAAAAAAAAUUUAUCAACUUUUAGCCCAAAUUAAUUAAAUUCUCCAUUGCCAAUUAGAAGUCAAUAAGAAAAUUAGGAUAGCUAAUACUCGAAUUUAAGUCCAUACUAUUAGAAGUCCUUUUAAGAUUACAUGUGA